AUAAAAACAAAUGAUUGAUGCGUAGAUCUAUUAGAAAAUGGAAGAAGUGUAGUUGGUAUUUGCCAAACAAAGUGCAAAGUUAAUUGUGAUUUGUGAGCGAGGCUCUGUGGAGGGCGGAGCAGGUCGUGGUGGACUGUCAGUGCUGCGACGGAGCUAUCUACAGAUUGGUUACAUUGCAAAUUGCAGGGAAUACUAUUUGAAAGAAAAAGCUGCAAAACUAAUAUCUUGCAGUCUAAAAAGAAAAGACUAGUAGUGGAAAAAAUGGCAGAAGCAAAGGUCAUUAUCAAGUACAUUGCUUAUGCCAUCUUCUUCAUCCCUAUCUGUAUCUUUCUUUUUCUGCUUGGAUUUGUCAAAAGUGCAAUAUUCAGCCCCUUUGUGUUUCUAGUAAUAGCUUUUGGGGAUACUGGUAUUGUAAUUGGGUUAUGGCCUUGCCAUCUCUUUUACAGCAUUUAUUGCAUAAUCAGGACCAAGAAAUUUGGGCCAUUUAUGAAGAGUGCGUUGAUCUUGCUGUCACCCCUACCAAUUGCAAUAUGGACAGUGGUUGGGGUGCUGGGCAGUGUGAUAAUGGCAAUAUAUUAUGCUUUUGUUUGGCCUGUAAUGGAAACUUUUAGGGCAGUUAGUAUGGAAGGUUUAUCAGUUCCUCAGAAGUUGUUCAAAUGCUUAACGGAUGGUACUUGGAGCAAUGUAUGGGGAGCGUGCACUAUUGUGCGCGAUUUUGCAGACUUCUCCUUCCAUUCUUAUUUCUCUGUGAUGGAUGGAUUGCUCGAAUCAAACGAAAAGGAGCCCAUUGAACUCAAAGUUUUGCAGCUUCCAGGGUGUGUUUUAAGUGCUGCUCUUGGAAUUGUGGUGGAUGUUAUUUUUAUUCCUUUGAUAACACUUUACAAAUCUCCGCUAUUACUUUUUAAAGGAUGGCAUCGUUUGGUACAAGAUCUUGUGGGGAGAGAAGGACCCUUCCUUGAAACUGUUUGUGUCCCCUUUGCCGGACUUCUUAUCCUCUUGUGGCCAAUUGCUGUCGUUGUAGCUAUUGUGUGUGGUGUUCUUUCAAGCAUUGGAUUCGGAUGCUAUGCUGCUUUGGUGGCAUAUCAGGAAGAGUCUACAAAGAAGGGAUUGCUCUAUGCCAUAGCAUCAGUGUCUAUUUUCGAUGAGUACACUAACGACCUUCUUUAUUUGAGAGAAGGCUCUUGUUUUCCAAGACCUAAUUAUCGAGGAGGAGAAAGUUCCAGUUUUUCUUUACUUCCCGUAAAAGGACUGCAUGAACAACUCGAUGGUGUGUACAAAAAGGAGCCUCUUCUGAGGACAACUUCAGCAAAGAAGAGAGCAUUGAAUUCCAUUAUGAUAUGGGACAAUUUCUUCAAAGGGUGUGAGCAAGCUGGAAAAGAUCUUCUUACAAAAGGAGCUAUCACAACUGCAGAUUUAAGCGCUUGGCAACAGUCAAAGAACAACCAGAUAAUCAAUGUAGGAGUUCCUGCUUAUGUAUUAGUGGAUUGCUUGCUUCGCUCUAUUAAGAGUGGCUCGACAGGAUUUCUUUUGGGUAACAAUGUAGAGAUGACAGGUCUGAACAGGCCCGAGGGAAAGGUUUUUGAUUGGUUAUUUGAGCCAAUGAGCAUCAUGAAAGAACAGCUUAGAAGCCUGAAAUUGACAGAGUCUGAAGAGUUGUAUCUCUCCAAGUUGUGUCUUUACAGUGGAGAUACAGUAAGGAUGGCAGCUUGGGACAAUGGUGGUGCGCCUCCACGUGAAGAAAUCAGGAGAGCGCAAUUAGAGGGUAUAAGUAGAAGGUUGCAGGGCUUCUGUUUGACAAUCUCAAGGCUGCCAACAUCUCGGCGAAAAUUCAUUCAAGUUGACAAGGAAAUUGCUCAAGAAUUAACCCAGGGGUCAAUUUCUUUAGGAUCAGAAGCAGUAUGAAUUUACUUUGGCAUCUGACAAAUACUGAUAUUAAAGCUAUAAGGGAUCGGUCAGUUUUUACCACAUUCUUUUUCUGAUAGUAUUAAAGUAAUAGUUGGAAACUUAGCAUAAAAAAAUCGAUAUUUUACUGUCUCAAUACUCGAUAUAGAAACAACUUUAUGUAGCCAUUUUUUCUCUUAGAAGGCAUAAAUGUUGAAAGUUUCUAGUACAUAA